ACAGCAGUAACCAUCAUGGCUGUGUUAGGAAGAUUCCUUGGAGACGAAGUGGUCGAUCUUUACAAGAAAGCUAAAUAUUUAUCAGAUGAAGAAUCAAAGAAUGACCCAGAAGAGGAACCAUAUAGGUCAAAAUACAAAGCUAGGGAAAUAUAUAAAGAAAUCUGCAAUAAGGUGAAAGAUAAAUUGAAUGAUGUUCCUGCAGAGGGAGUAGAUCACAAAAGUUUGCUCACACUUUCGAUUUGUAUAGAACAAGCAAUAGGUCUAAAUUAUAUGGACACUGAAGAAUUAGCAGAAGGCGAAGAUUACCUAAUGUCAUGUUUAAAACGCAUUACAGAGCAUGAAUUAAAUGAUGCUGUUAGUCUUCAUAUCAAUAUUUUAAAUUAUUUGGGUAUUUUAUGGAGUGAAAGGCGAGAUCUGGAAAAGUCAUUAGAAUAUUUAGUACUUGCAGAAAGUCUUUAUGAAAGUUACAAAAAAAAUAUAGGGGAUGCUCCUUUGGCAUUUAUAGAGCUUCUUGAACAGUACGAAGGAGAUGAGAGUGAAAGAGCUCGCCAAAGGUGUCAAGCUUUUGAAAGCAUUCACACACAUACUCUGUACUACCUAGCCCAAGUGUAUGCAAAAUUGGAGAAAAAUUCCCUGUCUGCUAAAUACUGUCACCUGACUCUGCAAAGACAGCUUCAAAGUGGUGAUUUUAACCCUGUUGAUUGGGGACUAAACGCAGCGACCCUGUCGCAGUAUUAUUUGUCAAAUGAAAAGUUUACUGAAGCAAGACACUGUUUAGCUAGUGGUACAUUAAUAUUUGAAAGUUCUAAGAAAAAUCCAGAAGAACUUUCAGAACAAGAGUUGGAGCUUCAAUGCCAAAGAGAAGCAGAUAUUGAACGAUGCUGGAUAAAAUAUGGACUGGGUAUUUUAGAAAGUUCAAGAGAUAAAAUGAUGAGUGAAAUUGAAGAUCGUGAUGAUGCAGAAGAAGGACCAUCAGGCACUUCAAAACCAUGUGACCAUAAUGCUGACAAAAAAACAGAAAAUUCUGAUGUUAAUGGAAAUGCAUCUGGAUCUUGGUCUGACAAAAUUUUUCAAGAGUUUCAGCUGGAGCUCACUGCGUACGAGGAACGUGUGACCGACAAAUUUGUAAGGACAUUUGAUGAAGCGAGGAAAAUAUUUUUAUUUGUAGUUGACAAAAUAAAGAAUGCUAAGGCGUUUUACUCUUUAGACUCGCACGCAAGUGAUGCUGUAGAGAUUACUCAAGACCACAGUCGCGCGUUCAAGCUCUUAGCCUUCUUUGAACUUGACAUGAGCAGACAGUGCAGAAUGCACAAGCGAAGAAUUGACAUGCUUUCAGAUUUGCUGAAAGAACUGAACCCCCAGCAUUAUCUGUUAGUGUGCCGGCAGCUCAUGUUUGAGAUGGCAGAAACCUUCAGUGAAAUGGUGGAUUUGAAAGUGACUCAAAUUGAAAUGGAAAGGACCAGAGCUACAGCCUACAGUACCAGUAAAAUCAAUAAACUUGUGCAGCAAAGUAUUGAUAAGUACCAAGCAUACAUCGAUUCAUUAAAAGGUGGGAAACCAGAGUUACCUUCAGAGUUUCCUGAGGGUGAUGUGCGCCCCGCACUGGUUGCAUUCUUCUGCAUGGGGAGGUUGUACUCCAAGUUUCUGGAGCCUGACACAUCACAGAGGCUUUCAUGUUUGGCGAAAAGCUUGGAGUGUUACAGCUUUGUUAAAACUUACUGUGAGACAAACCCUUCAGCUCAGGAUCUUGUCACUAGUGAGCUAAAUAUUUGUCGGGAAAUGGUGACUCUUCUUCCUUUAAAAAUGCGUAAAAUUGAAGAGCAGAAUGGAAUGUGAAAUCAACUUAUAGAGAACUUUUAAAACUUAUUCUUUGAAGAGAUUGUUGUAUGAUCUAUGAACUCAAAAAAACUGAAGCUGCUGUUCAAAACAACUUAUCGCUAAUUUCUUUUGAAUUUUAAAAAACAAAAUGACUGAAAGUAAAUGUUUAGUCUUACCCUAAAAAAAAAACAGCUGCUGUCUGCAAGAUGACUAUCAAGGCUAUUUUUUUUUUGUUUCAAGUUAGUGAUAACUUAAAUUGUAAAUGAUAGUUUCUGAUAAAAUUAUUAAAAUAAGAGAACUUUGGUUAAAAAAGUAAAUUCAUAAAAUUACAAAGCCAUAAUUUCUGUUACUUGUGUGAAAGUACUCUGCUCCUAGCUUUACUUGAUGAGAUUUACAAUUUGCAUUUUCCACAAACCUUUUCCUAAAAAUGAAUAUAACUUUCUCGUAAUUUAAAAACCCACUGUCAUAAUUUUAAGUUAAAAGUAGCAAAGUAUGUGUGUUCUAUACUGUGAUGAAAAAAUGAGGAUCUAUGAACUCAAAAAAACUGAAGCUGCUGUUCAAAACAACUUAUCGCUAAUUUCUUUUGAAUUUUAAAAAACAAAAUGACUGAAAGUAAAUGUUUAGUCUUACCCUAAAAAAAAAACAGCUGCUGUCUGCAAGAUGACUAUCAAGGCUAUUUUUUUUUUGUUUCAAGUUAGUGAUAACUUAAAUUGUAAAUGAUAGUUUCUGAUAAAAUUAUUAAAAUAAGAGAACUUUGGUUAAAAAAGUAAAUUCAUAAAAUUACAAAGCCAUAAUUUCUGUUACUUGUGUGAAAGUACUCUGCUCCUAGCUUUACUUGAUGAGAUUUACAAUUUGCAUUUUCCACAAACCUUUUCCUAAAAAUGAAUAUAACUUUCUCGUAAUUUAAAAACCCACUGUCAUAAUUUUAAGUUAAAAGUAGCAAAGUAUGUGUGUUCUAUACUGUGAUGAAAAAAUGAGGAUAAUUAAUUUGAUUUACUUUUGACGAGUUAUGUUUUAUACAAGAUGUUUAUAUUUACCGCAGUGUAUGAUUACUUUUAUAGAUAAAAUUUAUGAAAACUAGUAUUAUUAUUUAACUAAGCCCUUUGUCCUUUGCUCUAUUGUUUGCAUGGCCUCUUAUUCCUGUAAAUAAGUUCACAAUCUUCCUAUAAACUUGAAAUGUGGUGUUUCUGUCUGUCUUUGAAAAACUAUACAUUAGUUGUUAAUGACAUUUUUACGUAAAUAAACAAGUUUAAAAUGACUCAUUUACUAUUGAACUAGUCUUUUUCAAAACUGUUGUAGAAUUGUAUUAGUAAUAAAAAAGUUGGAAUAAGUGAGGUCUAAGAUCACUCAUUUUGUGUUUGUUUCCUUUUAUUAUUAUUCUAUGGUUAAAUAACCUACUUGAUGC